AUGGCGUCCUUUACGGCCCCGGAUUUCAGGCCGUACCAUGACCGCAAAACUCGCUCUCGUCCCUCGUAUCCUGGCGAUGAAGACGGCGACCUAGAUCUACUGGUGAAACCACUCGAUCUUUCGGAAGUUCGGUACAUGUUGAAGAAGCAGGUGUUUGCCAUUUCCAAAUGUGGCCUCUGCACGGUACUGACACUUCGAAGACAUAUCGACCGGGAGUUUCCAGGUCAUAUUCCCUUUGAGGCUACCAAAGAGAUGCUCGACUCUUCGAUCACGUUACGGGACGCACCCACUCGUGCCUGCUUCCAAUCCACGUACAUGACGCUCACGAACAUGGUCGACAACUUGGUUAUGGAUCACUUCCAGCAGCUCACGCAAUUUGAGACCCUUGUCGGCCAACUCGCUCAUGAAAAGCUGGCGGAGAUAUGGGCGAGUGCGUCGAACGAGGUGGAAAAGAUACUUGCCCGAGAGCGGGACCCACUCUGGAGCCAGAACGAUGAGUACUUCUCAGCAGAAAAGUUGAGAUGGCUCGGGAUUUACAAAUCGAAACGCCACGAAUUUUGGACACCGACACCUGCUGCGAUGACUGAUCCCCAAGCAGGUUGGGGGGGCAAGCACCUUUGGGUCCCUGGACGCAAAUCUAAGUCAGGGCAAUCUCACGUGGAAACGCACUACCGGACUCAGGCGCUGCAAGCUUUGGCCGCACUCGGAUAUCACGGAAUUAGCGCCGCCGAUUUCCAUCGUCUUUACCCCGCCGACGAGUACGAAGAGGAACUGAAGGUCAUGGCGGGCGUACGCGCCCAUUUCCAGGUCGCAUGCAAGUUCCCCUCGCAAUCGAGCAUGAACCAGCCUUUCGCGGACGGACUCCACGCCGCGCUCUUGGGUGUCCUGGACGUCGGAUCGAAGGAGAAGAUGGAGGCACUCUUGAGUGAGGACCCGUCCAUUGCGAAGAGGAGGGAGGAGUUGAACGAGACGAAGGCGCGUUUGAUAGACAUCCAGGCUCAUUUGGAGAGCUUUGUACUUUGA